GGCGCUUUUCCGAACACAAAGAGACUUGUUGCACUAAAUAUGACCUGUGCUCUGAACAGUAAAUGUUUCGCUGUCCAGCUAAAGCUCACUUUGUUGGAUGAUAAUUUUCAGUUUUACUCCAUAACUGUAAGUCUAGUGAAUUAUCAGUCAAAUAACGUCAAUUAAUCCAUCAGGCUAAAACCAAAGCUGGAAAAAUACUGAACAGUAUAGUUACCCAUCUUAAAAUAACGCACCCGCAAUAUUUCGGAAUUAAAAUUCAAGAUAGAACACAAAACUGGUCAGCAUUGGCUUCAUCUGCAGAAAAGCAUUUUGUUGCAAAUGAAACUACUUGAUAGUCCACCAGUUGUUGAACAAUCUGUGAAUCCUAAUGAUAUAUCAGUGCGUCAAGAGACACAAUGCUUUUCAACAUCUAAAAAUGUUAUCCCGAUUGAACCACCGCCAACAGUGAAUAGUUUAACUGAAAAGCUGAUUUCAUCCUUUCGCACUUGUGGCUUAAGGACGUGUACUUCAGAUAAAUCUCAUUUCGCCAACUCAUCCUAUAUCCAAGAUACAAAUAAACCUUUUACUUUAAUAUAUCAAGCUUAUUUUGGCAUAAAAUAUUAUCCUGCUGAUCCAACAAUUAUUGCAGAUGAGCAAACAAGAUACCAAGUCUUUAUGCAAGUCCGAAAUGAUUUAAUAAAUGAUCGAAUGCAAGUUGAUGAAAAUUUGUUUGUAACAUUAUGCGGAUUAAUUUUACAGUCUGAUUGUGGUGAUUAUGGAGCUGAUCGACUGGGACCAAAUUAUGUAAAACAACUAUUAAAACUGCCUAAUUUGGACGAACAAUUAGAAAAGAAGAUAAAGAGUAAACAUGAAGAAUGUCGUUGUCGUCAACCAGCUUUAGUAGAAUAUCAGUUAUUGGAUAAAGUUAAACAACUGCCAACCUAUGGUCAGAUAAAAUUUCAUAUCAAAGAGACUAUAUCAAAUACUCCAUGCUUAUUGUGUUUAGGACCUACCGGUGUUAUAAUUGAAGAUUCAGGAAAAAAUCUUAUCAAAUUUUCAUGGCCUCAGAUCACUGGAUUCGGGCAUAAGCAUAAACAAGUUCUGAUCAAAAUUCUAAAUGAGGGUACAAGAUUCACAUACUGUUGUUCUGUUGAUAAUUCAAUGUCAUGUGAAAAUCUUUUAGAGAUUUGUAAAAAUUAUUUAAAUUUUUAUCGAAAUGAAAUAUCUCAGAGAAUAAUUAAUGAACCACAGCAGCUAAUGGCGAAUACAACAUCAGCUCAGCCUUCAAGUACUUCUGUUCAACCGAUAUUUUAUCGUAAAACUUCACUGAUCACAACAAGUGGAACGGCUUAUAAUGCAAAUGAGCCUAAUCUUCUACCUGAUGCAAAAUGUCCAGUGUAUGCAACAACAGAUUCUACCCAACCAGCAUCGAAUGAAUUUGAGUCGAAAAUCAAUGUCAAGGUUAAUCGAAAUCUCCAACCGUUAUAUUCUAGUCUAAUUGAAUUUACUCCUGGCUAUGCUCCUCCUCCUCCUCCAGUACAGUAUCCCAUGUGUUCAUCAACAGUCUGUUCGAGUCAAUAUCCACAUUCCCAACCACGUUAUCAUCAUCCACAUGCUCACUGUUUCGAUGCAAGAAGUGGCUAUCCCGCGGGUAUGGCUCCUGCUUCUGCUAACGAUGAUGAACAUGAUGUUGACGGUAAUAUCAAUGGAGAUAAUGUCAACAAGUGCUAUUAUCAUCAUUAUUAUUGUCAUCCCCAUUAUGAUAACAAUCAUUUACAGAACACUAUGAUACCAAUGAAUCCAUAUCAUGUAAAUGGGACAGGUAUGGUAUUUCAUCGUCCAAGAGGAUGCAAAACUGUUACAGAUAUUGGUGACCACCCUCAUGUAUACUCGAAUCGUCGAUCACAUUAUCUGCAGACAAGUUAUGCAAGUGGACGUUGGAUUGUUAACGACAAUGUUAGUAAUGCUAGUCAGUGUAGAUUAAGACAUCGUCGAAAAUCUUUUCCAAAAACUAAACAUUAUUACAUUGAUGAAGAUAUUGACGGGAAUUACUAUAUGACGAAAGUUCCACCAUCCUAUCAUGAUGAUGAUAAUGAUACUUGUGGUGGUGGUGGUGGUGAUUGUCGUGAUGCUGAUGGAGACAGUGAUAAUGAUAAUAAUAAUGAUGAUGAUGAUGGUGACGAAGAUGCCGAUGAUUGUAAUGUUAAUUUCCGUCGUCAUCAUCAUCAACAUCAUCAUCUGCGUACAUCUCGUUCGAAAUCUGCGUCUAUCUACGGUCAACAAGAAUUUUAUCAAGCUAAUCACUGUCCACCUUGUUCAUUAUCAUCAUCAUGCAGACAAAGACAAAACCGUCAUCCAGUCAUACCUGAAUUUCAUCAUUAUCGUCGUCAGCAUAGAAUUCUACCACGUCCAGUUAGUCGAUUGGAUCGAUAUCCAGAGUUAUCCUCAUCAAUAAAGGAUGAGAACAAUAAAAGCAAUAGUGAAGAAACAAUUGAAUAUUAUGAUGGUAAUAAUAAUAAUAAACAUAAUAGUAAUAAUCACGAUAGAUUACAUUGUCAUUUUAAUGAAUCAAUGAAUUAUGAAAUACCUCGUUUAAUAAAACAGAAUAAGUUAAAUGGUGUAAAGAAAUGUGAAGUUCUUCAAGUAUGCUCUGCUAGUAGACAGUCACCAAAUGAAAAUUAUUCUCAGUGUAAUUCUCCAAGAGAUAAUCGCUUCACCUCAUCUAGAAGACAAACUAAUGGGAACAGUUCAAACAUCUGUUCGCCUCGUUCGUCUACCUCAAUGACAAAUAGAUCAAACACACAUUCUACAAAUUCAAAUGAAUUAAGAAAAACUUCCCUGAGAAAGAAUCAUCCGUCUACUAUAUCUUAUUGGCAUAAGGAGAAAGCCAACCGCAAUACUGACACUGAUGAUGAUGUUUUUGUUGACGAUAACGGUCAGUGCAAGUUACUGCGUGUACAACAUCCUCCGGUGUGUAACACUAAUAUCAGCCAAAAUAAUAAUGCAUAUAAUGAUGAAAGCGACAGAGAAGAAGGUGAUCAAGAAAAUAAAGUCAGUGCUAAUAUCGAUUCACAUGUUGGAGAUUUGAAUAAAAGAGGAUUGCUUCACAGAAAUUUAUUCGCGUCAACAAAUGCUACAGAUUAUUCCUUCUCAUCAUCAGUAGUCUUUUGUCCAGAAGGAGAAGAAGAUGAUGAUGAGAGUCAAACACCGAGUUUAUUGAAAAAUUCUGAAAAUAAUUCAGAGUUAUACACUGAAGAAGUAUUCGAGACAUCUUUCACUGACUUUAAACUACCACCAACACCUAAUUCACCCGGUGAUAACAAUAAUACGAAGAAGAAAUAUAACAAUGACACUCAUAAUCAAAAUCAAAUAAUAAAUGAACAUGUUGAAGAGGUGAAUUCUGAUUCAAAUCUUCCAUCUCCGCCAUCGAAUGACUUUCUAGUUCAAUUAGAAAAGUAUAAAUUUAAAACUGACAAACAGUCAGAAGUAUUCAGAAAUAAUAAUUUAGAAAAUACAAAUCAAAAAGCAAAUACACUUGAGAAUAUUAGCAGCGAUACAGGAUUCUCUUCACGUGGUGAUAACAGUAAUAAUCAUAAUAAUAAUAAUACUAAUAACAAGCGUGGUCGUCGUCUACCCUUAUUACCUUAUGAAAGAUCUAGCCACCAUGGCAAGUUGAAUGAUCUGGAUCAGUUUACAACAUCAACACCAACAGCACAGGCGAAAGAGGUGGUGACGACGACUGCGGCGACGUCAACACCUCUGCCUGAACCAACAGAAGCAACUAAAAUUAACCGACCUAAAAUGAUACAACUUUUAUCGCCAACACCUUCACCAAGACUGUUGAAGGGUAUAAGAAAUUAUCAUCAUCAUCAGUAUCAAAAAAGAUUGUCUACUAAUCAUUGUCAGUUGGAAGAUACACCAGAGCAUGAUCAGACAACGGAAUGUGAUCUUGUUUAAAUUGUAUGCUGUGUAUACUUUAUGCUUAUUUAAACACUCUCUACUGCGGCGACUACUAAUACCUCUUCUUAUAUAAUACUGUACUGAUGAACAGCUGAAAAUUUAAAUAUCAAAGUAAAGUAACACCCUUUUCUUGUGGUUGUUGUUUCUCUUUCUUUUCUUGUACAUGUGCUUCUUUUUUUACAGCGUGGUUUAUGUAUGCACAUGAAUUUAUGUAGCUUAACAACUGUGUAACAUGUAUGUGUACUCGUGAGUGAGUGAGCACAAAGACAAGUGGUUGAAGUUAUCGCCUUCUUGCGUCUCUCUCUCCUCAUAUAUACUGCAUUAUAUACUUGUGGAUUACCUAACCUGAGAGUGUGCAUCUGCGUGUUUUUGCAGGCAUACUCAUUACUUUACUGGUGAUCAUGAAUCCAUUGUUUUUCCAAUUGACAGAAAAAGAUGUAACAGACAAAAAAUAGAGAAAAAGAACAAUAUCAAGUGUAAUUUAGUUUUUAUUUUCUCUUCAUAUGUACUAUUAUUAUAUAUGCAUUAAUUGUUAUCGCGAUUGCGUCAUACACAUAUAUAUAUAUAUUGCGUGAAUGAAUGAAUAAAUAAAUUAAUGGAACAAACUUG